UCUGGAUCUUUCACCUAUCUCUCUACAACGGAAUUCAACAGGCUGCCUGCCUAUUUAUAGUCAAAGCAAGCAGGCAAUGAGAAACUUGGAAGGCCAACCACGGAUGCUAACAUCAUCUACCCUGGUUAGGGAUGGUUGAAGAAGACGGCAACCGAAGAUCAGGGACAUCAGUUACCUCAUCAGUUAUUCCAAGUUUUUCCACGACUACAAUCUCCAGGGCAUGACCAAGACUUUUCAUUGCUGUUUCAUGCAAGACAAUCCCAAAAAAAAAAAUUCUUCCCUGGAAACAAGUCAGACUCGAUGUCGUGCUUCGACCCCACACGAUUGCUGGAAGCCACAUCAGGGUAUAGUCAUGUCAAGAGGGCGGACACACUCCUGCGCCUCUGCGAAGGAUUUGUCGACGCAAAUGAAGAUCCCUCAACAAGCCCAAACUUCCGUUCUCUGGAUCUGGAUCCCAUCCACCGAUUUACUCCAUUCUUAACGGAGAUGGCGGACUUGGGUAAUGAACAAGUUGCCAUUAUGUUGUUGCGAGUGAUAAAAAUUUUGUCCCGAAAGAAAAGGAAUCGGCUUGCCAUGGACGAUGCGCUCAUUGCUGCCGUCCUCAAAUUUCUUCACUUGGGCAGAAGCCCCAAGAUCUGUGCUGAAGGAGCGAACGUCAUACUAAAUGCAUGCUAUGAGAGGGAAAACGUUGAAGUUGUGCUUCGGCAUAAUGGAGCAUCACCACUUGUUAAAUUUCUGAAUUCAGAUAAUAAAGAUCUGCAGGCAAAUGCAGCUGGUGCACUCCAGAGCAUCUGUUUCCAAUCUAAAGGGAGAGGAGUGGUUAGAAAUCUGGAUGCCAUUCCACACAUGAUAAAUCUCCUCAAGUCUGACAGCAACAAGGUGAAGGCACGAGCAGUUGGUGCACUGCAUAACAUGAGCUCCGACGUGGACUCCAUACGCAUAAUUAGAAGGAACGGUGGAAUCUCUCCGUUGAUCGAACUCUUGAGGAGUCCACAGCCAUCCAUUUGCGGCUCAGCUGCUGGAGCACUACAGAACGUUUCCAGAGAGGUCGCAAGUCGUCUCAUCAUCCGGAAGUCAAAUGCAGUUAUUGCAUUGGCAGAUCUAUUGACAAGUACGGAGCUGCAGACACAGGAGGAGGAAGGAGAUGGGAGCGAGAUGUGGGCGAGAACGUCGUCGUCAAAAGGAAUUUGGGAUAAAGCCGACGCAGCGAGAAGAGUUGUAGUCGCCGCUGCAGUCAUUGUGGCAAAAUCGAGAGAUGAAGUCGAAGCCAUCGUGGUAGAUUUGAGAGAUGAAGUCGUCGAUGUAGCGAGAAGAGGUGUACUUGUUGUUGCAGGCAGCGUUGCAAAUUCGAGAGAUGAUAUCGACGAUGUGGUGGGAAGCGUCGAUGCAGAGGGACUUGUCUUUGUAGUUGUAGUUGCAGGUGUAGUUGUUGAUGUCGAGGCAGUCAUCAUUGCUGUUGUCGAUGCAGUGAGAAGAGUUGCACUCGUUGUUGUAGGCACUGUAGUUGCCGAUGUUGAGGCACCAGUCUUCGCAGUUGCAGCAGAAGAGGCUGUGGCGGCAGAUGAUGGCGUCGCGAUUGUUGUGUUUGCAGUCGUUGUUGCAAGCAUUGGCGCUGAUCUCGAAGACGAACUUGUUGAGGACGACAGUUUGGAUGAUGCUUUUGGUUUCUUGUGCGGCGGCUUGUCUUCAUGGGCACCUGCAAGGCAGGAGCAAAUGGAAAGGGAGGAGAGCAGGGGGAAGAUCAACGGUGAGAAGUGCGAGUUUGGCCGCACCCGUGUCUUGUACUUGGGUCAUGAGAUUUCCGCGGAAGGGUUGAAGCACGAUGAUGCGAAGGUGGCCAGGAUUUGUGAUUGGCCACGUCCUCAGUCUGUGACUGAGAUGAGAUCUUUCUUAGGAAUGACAGGCUACUAUAGGACUUUCGUUAAGAACUAUAGCAUAGUGGCCGCUCCUUUGAUUGAUCUGACCCGCCUUGACACCCCAUGGGAGUGGGCACACGAGUGUGAGGCUGCUUUCAGACAUCUGAAGCAUGCGUUGACACACUACGAGGUCUUGAAACUGCCUGAUCCUGACAAGCCAUUCAUAGUCACCACGGAUGCUAGCCAAUAUGGCAUUGGCGUCGUGCUCGCGCAGCAGGAGGGGCCAAAGUUGAGGCCAGUAGAGUACAUGUCCAAGAAAAUGUCGUCUCAUAAGUUGGCUAAGUCCACUUAUGAGAAGGAACUCUAUGCGGUGUACAAGGCUCUCACCCAUUGGAGACACUAUCUCCUUGGGAGGUUCUUCAUCCUCAGGACUGAUCAUCAGACUCUGAGAUGGAUGAGAACCCAGCCGGUACUCUCUGACGCUCUCAAGCGUUGGAUCGAAGUCAUUGAGCAAUAUGACUUUGACCCUCAGUAUCUCAAAGGGGAGUACAACAAGGUUGUUGAUGCCUUGUCGCGCAGACCGGACUUCUCAGAUGCGUUGAUUACUGAGUUCGAUCUGACAGACAAUGUUACUCAGUCUCUGGUGGAAGCCUAUCCCCAGGACCAGUUUAUGUCUGAGAUCAUACGCAGACUUGAGGUGAAGGACAAGAAGACUUCCGCCAAGUUUGAGUUGGUCAAUGGCUUGUUGUUCCUGGAAAAGGCAGGGAAUAAAUGCUUGUGUGUUCCAAAUAGCGAGUUUUUGCGUAGUUUGUUUUUAGGUGAGUGUCAUGAUGCCACCAGCCAUUUUGGGUACAAGAAGACCGCAGCUAACUUGCUGCAGCGGUUCUGGCGGCCCACGAUGAUGCGAGAUGCCCAGCUGUACGUGGAGACUUGUCAAGUUUGUCAACAGGACAAGCCACGUACUGAGGCUCCUCUUGGGCUUCUGAAGCCCCUUCCGAUUCCGGAACGACCUGGUGAGAGUCUAUCCAUGGAUUUCAUGGAUACUCUUAUCACCAGCAAGAGUGGGAUGCGUCACAUCUUUGUCAUCGUGGAUAGAUUUAGUAAGUAUGCUAGGUUAAUAGCCAUGCCGGAAACAGCAAAGACAGAGUACGUGAUUAGAAUGUUUAAAGAGAACUGGGUCAGGGACUUUGGUCUACCGAAGUCUAUUGUUAGUGACAGAGAUGUCCGGUUCACCAGUGAGUUGUGGAAGGCCGCUGCUGCAGAACAGGGAACUCAGUUGCAGAUGACUUCUGGGAAUCACCCAGAGGCCAACGGUCAGGCUGAGCAACUGAACCGCGUUGUGCAACACCUGUUGAGGCAUUACAUCAAGCCCAACCAGGUGGACUGGGAUGAGAAGCUUGCUCUAAUCGCCAGCUUGUACAACAACGCUGUACACAGCGCCACCGGGGCCAGCGCUGCAGGAACGGCUGUGCUGCUGGGAGCUAUGGCGCUCAUGGCUGCUGUCAGCUCUAUGGUAGAGCAUUCGCAGCAAACGCGAAUUGAAGAUUUUCUUAAGUUGAUUAGGGAAAGAUUUGAGGACAAGAACUUGGCAAGGCGCACAGAAAUGUUGAUCCUCAGCCUCCCCGAUAGGAAAUGGAAGAGCACUUCUGCAUUAAAAGCAACUAUGGAUGAACUAUUGCAAUGCCUUGAUCAUGGAUUAACGCCAGCCCAAAUCUUAAACAGUUUUGCACGAGCACUCUCGGAUCCCUUGAGAACACAACUCUAUCCCCGCACCAAGGAAGAGGGGAUGACAUAUGAGAAGUUCGGCAAGAUCGCCAUAGAUCAUGCCGGCUUCCUCGCCGAAGCAAACUAUUGCCAUUACUGGAAGGAUCUGCAAGCGGGUAAGAGAUGGCAAAACCGCACUAUCUCAGGGUCUAUACCUGGGAAAGACAGUCUCCUUCUAACCUUUGAAGAAGGAGGCGUCGAGACCAUCUCCUGGGAUCAGGUAGACUAUGGUCUCGAUGAACCCAACAGACCGGUAGCUCAGGAGGGGAGUUACGCGGCUGUUGCAGCCCGCGGGGAGGGCGUCAAGGAAGAGGGCGUGGCCGAGGAAGAGGUCGCGGUCGUGGUGGACGAGGAUUCGGCACCCAGAGGGGUGGUGGUGAAGGAAGCCACUACGUGGGAGGAAGGGGAAAUGGUCCCUCAUACGGUGGCCGUGCCCAUGCAGGCAGAUUCUGCGCUGUUCAUUGUGACCUUGUAUAAACAGCAGCUGGAGGAGAUGCACGCGUUGCUGAGUCAAGAAUAUGGCAACCUACCGGAUUACAUCUCGUUGGAGGGAGAGGCGAUCUGUGAUGGGUGGGAGGAGGAACUGUAUGAGCAGACCUCUCGUCGACAGUCGGAUGUGAAUGACAGAGCACAGCCGAUGACUGCCCUACACGAGUGUGCUGGGAUGCUGACGCAGGUGAAAGACAUGUUUGCCAGGCUUCGAGCAAGGGGAGACGUGGGCGGUCCAUCAGCUGCUGCAGGGGCUGUGUACCCUGCGGUUGUGCCGGCUGUGAGACGGCAGUUUGCAAUGGAGGUUGGGAGAACACUGUCUGAAUAGGAACCUGUACACUAGGACCUGAUGCUAACCCACCUGUCAAAGGUAUACCCAGUAGGGAAGCGGCUUGUACCGAAGCU